CAUGACAUCUGCUUGAAAAUUCGUCUACUUGACCACAAUCCAAUUCUUCUCUUGUUGUUCUGCAGCACCUGGUAGAAUGUCGCGGGCGGUGCAGCUCGCAGCGCUUGGCCUGGUUGGCUUUGGCCUGCCCGCCUGGGCCGUGACGCUAAUUUCGGACGUUAGGGCACAGCAGCUGAUCGUGGCAUGUGCUAUUGUCAGCUUCUUCGGGUUUUUAGGCACCAUUUACCUCGUGCCUAAGGUGGCAGCCAAGACGCAAGCGCGGGGCAUCUGCGGCAAGGACCUGAACAAGAAGGGCACGCCCGCGGGCGACAAACCCAUCCCCGAGUCCGCGGGCCUGGCCCCCGGCUGCGUGUUCCUGCUGUGCGUAAUCUGCUUCGAGCUGCUGCACUACUACGACAUCGGCAGCCUGGUGGGCUUCGUGCGCAGCGGCUUCACGGGCGAGCUCAAAACGGAGUCCAUCUCCGAGGCAUGGCUGGUUGAUUACAACGCCGCGCUGGCCACGAUUGGCUUCAUGCUGUUCCUGGGCUUCUCCGACGACGUGUUGGACAUCCGCUGGCGCGUCAAGCUCAUCCUGCCGCUGUUCGCCUCGCUGCCGCUGCUGGUCGCCUACAGCGGAGGCACCGGCAUCGCGCUGCCCAAGCCGCUCGCGGCGCUGGGCCUGCCGCCCUACCUGGAGCUGGGCAUCCUGUACAAGGUCUACAUGGUCAUGCUGGGCAUCUUCUGCACCAACUCCAUCAACAUCCUGGCCGGCGUGAACGGCCUGGAGGCCGGACAGACCUUCAUCGUGGCGUGCGCGGUGCUGCUGCACAACCUGCUGAGCGUGGCGGGCUGGCCGGGAUGGGGCGCGGGCGGCGCCGACGCGGCCGCCGCGCGCGACGGGCACCUGUUCAGCGCUGGGCUAAUGCUGCCGCUGGCCGCCACCACCUUUGGGCUGCUGGUGUUCAACUGGUACCCCAGCAAGGUGUUCGUGGGCGACACCUUCACCUACUUUGCCGGCAUGACCAUCGCGGUGGCCGGCAUCCUGGGCCACUUCAGCGAGACGCUGCUGCUCUUCCUGCUGCCGCAGGUGUUCAACUUCGUCUACUCGCUCCCGCAGCUGUUUGGCAUUGUGCACUGCCCGCGGCACCGGCUGCCGGUGUUCGACCCCGCCACGGGCCUGCUGCGGCCCAAGGACGCGCCCGACUGGAACCUGGUCAACCUCACGCUGCAGCUGUUCGGGCGCUGCGGCGAGAACGCGCUGUGCAUCCGGCUGCUGGCGCUGCAGGUCGCCAGCUGCGCGCUCACGUUCGGCCUGCGGUACCUGCUGCAGGGGUACUACAAGUAGACGUGCAGACGCUGUCCUUGGGGAUGCUCUUCCCUGCGUUCGUCGCGUUUGUCCGCAUGGUGGUGGUGGUGGACCUGGAGCAGGAGUAAGGGUAGCCUGGAGGCUUAGUGCACGGAUUGAGCGGUGCUGGUGAAGCCCCCGGGACGAAGGGGCGCCCAGCACGUACGCAUAGCAGGAUCGAGGAUGUAUGCCCGGCGCGGGCCGUGCGGACUAUGCGGCGGCAGCGGUGCGCCAGUUAUGCCCCCGGGGGCCAGUAGGACGGUGUGUGGCACGUACGCGUGUAGUGCCGGGCGGCUGCCGGCUGGGUUCCUGGAGAGCAUGGCGUGUGCUUGCGACGAUGGUAUGCAUGCUUCUGGUGACAUGUGCUACGGUUGUGGCAAGCCAAUGCCGAUGUGGCAACACCUUUAUGAGAUGGGACGCACACGUGGCUGUGCUGAAGCGAGAAACCGUUGGUGAGGAUUGUCAGGUGGGUCCAGGUGUUGCUAGCAUUGUGGCGCUUUAGGAGUAGGAGGACCAGCGGAAGAGAGAGUGUGGGAGCGAGGGAUUGCGUUUCAUUUCAAAUGUAAACGCUGAAGCAA